GGGUGGGAACAAUGUGGAUGUGUGAAUGCGGAGAAUUCGGUUUUAGUACAAAUUCGGCGCAGGAACGAGCAACGCGCCCUCUUGCCGACCACAAAGUACCACGCGAUGUUCCCACCCGGUCGGAAUCCGCUUCCGAUCUCGAUGCCGCUGCCAGUUCCGGAUCCCCAUGUGAUCAGCAGGGCCGCCCAGGACCCGGGACCCGUUGACCUGUCGGAGAAUCUGGACCUGGACGGGGACUUCAAUCUGGACGGGGGGCGGCAGGAGCUGUUCGAGGGCUACUCGGACGAGCUGCUGACCAUCGCCUGGGUGGCCUGCAUCGUGUUCAUCAUCGUGGGCGUCCCCGGCAACCUGCUCACGAUCGUGGCCCUCGCAAGGGGCCGCCAGACCCGCAACUCCACGGCCAUAUUCAUCAUCAAUUUGUCCUGCUCGGACCUGCUAUUCGGCUGCUUCAAUCUGCCCCUGGCCGCCUCCACUUUCAGGGAGCGGGCCUGGACGCACAGUGACCUCUUGUGCAGGCUGUUCCCCAUGCUGCGAUAUGGCCUGCUGGCGGUAUCACUGCUCUCCGUCUCGCUGAUCACCAUCAAUCGGUACAUCAUCAUCGCCCAUCCGAGGCAGUAUCCCAGGAUCUACCAGCGACGAUACUUGGCUCUAAUGGUGGCCGGCACCUGGGUGACCACCUUCUCCAUCAUGAUACCCACCUGGCGCGGCGUGUGGGGAAUCUUUGGGCUGGACGUUAGCAUCGGCUCCUGCUCCAUCAAGCACGAUCGGUAUGGCAGAUCGCCCAAGGAGUUCCUCUUCAUCGCCGCCUUCAUGGUGCCGUGCAUCUGCAUCGUGAUCUGCUACGCCCGAAUCUUCCUGCUGGUGCGAAAGGCGGCCAUUCGGGCAGGAACCGCUGGGAAGACCACUGUCAGCGAUGUGACCCCCAGUUCGACGACGCAGCACCAGGCCCAAGCCAUGGCCAUGCAGAGGAGGCCGGAGAAGGCGAGCACGUCCAGUGGCGAAGCUCCGGAUGCAGUCCCCGGACGACCCUUUGUGGUGGAGGAGCACCUGGCGUACAUCGAUGACAAUGCCUCGGCAGACAGUCUGCCCAUCUCGUACAGCAUUAGGCGGCGGGAUGAGGACCAGCAGCAGCCGCCCGUGGAUGCUAAUGUGGUGCUCAAGGAGCGGGAGAAGGUAAGGGACCGGGAUCAGGAGAAGGCUAGCCUGGGACGCAGUCAGACGCAAUUGGAGACGGGCAAGACCGCUGGAAAGAACCCCAUCACCACCUCACUACGCACCUCCUUCACCAGGUUCAGUCCGCGGAAGUCGCACUACGUAUCCAUGGGCAACACCUCGAAUGCCUCCUCCAUUUACCCGGGCAGGAUGAGUGCCAAGGACCGGAGGCUGCUCAAGAUGAUACUGGUGAUCUUUGUGUGGUUCGUGAUCUGCUACCUGCCCAUCACGGUGGCCAAAAUCUGGAAGAGCGCCACUGAGGUGCAUUGGUUUAAUAUCGCCGGCUAUCUACUCAUAUACUUGACCACCUGCAUCAACCCACUGAUCUACGUCCUGAUGAGCUCCGAGUACCGGAGGGCCUACUGGAACCUGCUGCGCUGCCAUGGAUCACCCGAUCCCCACAAGCAGCGGAAUCAAGUCAACGCCAAUGCCAAGCGGAAGCACCUGGAGUCCAGCCGCCAGGUGAAGGCCACGACGUGACGAGGACAUCUUCGUCAUUGCCUUCGUCGUCCUCCGUCCCAGCAGGAUAUGAUAUAUGGGAUGAGUACCGUAGUUUCACACUGUACGACACGUGGUAAGCAACGAACCACAUAUAUUACGAUCAGCAGAUAAAUCCCUUGGUCCCCUGGCGAUCAUCGUGCCUCCAAAUGCCUCGAUGUC